GCGCAGUUGCAGCGAGUACAAGAAAGCACUUUCCGAAAGAAGCUACGAGCCUGUGAGAAGAAGAAUCACGCAAUGGAGACAGCGCGUGAAUUGAUUGCGGAGUAUAGUUUUUCCGGCCGUGCAGCGUAGCCAACGUCAUUUCUUUGGCUUUCCUCCUCAAUCACCCCUUACAGACUCCGGACCCCUCCCCUCUGCCGCGGAACCUCUCUUUCUCCUUCUCUCCCUCUAUAUAUAUACACACACGUCCAUAUAUGUCUCUGUAUUGUUUUCUCAGGUCUUGCGAUUCAGUUGGAGAAGUGGGGAAAUUUGCGAACCUCGAAGCCCUAACUCUCUCUUUUUUCUGUAUCUUGAUUCAGAUAGAAAAGUAAACCCUAGCGUUGAAAUCGUUAAGAUCAGAUUGCGAGAGAAAUAGGAAAGAAAACCUACCUACGAAUUUCCUCUUGCACGGUUGUUGUUUGAAGGUUGAGUUUGUGGUUUCAGAUUUCGUAAACGUUAUUGUUAAAUUCGAGAUCACCGUAAGGAUGCGUAUGUUUGAGGUCGGAUUUCGAUGAAUGUCGUUGUGAAUGAUAUUUUUUAUGGAGUGGAGCUAGGAUUGAUUGGGUAUUGGUAUGGUUUUCGCGAUUUCCUUGUAGAUUGAGCUCGAUCAAGUGAAUUAGGUUUAUUCGAAAUCUGUAGCUUUGCUAUUGCUUUUGCGCUAUUAUAUCAUUCGUAUUCUGUUGUUUUCAAUGGCGGUCGUAGUAUGAACUAACGAGCCGGUGACUGGAAUUUGACGUUACAUAAUUGCCUUUGGGUACGAUUCCGUGAAAAUAUUGUUUAUUUGUAUCUCCAGGGGUUGAUUAGGGAUUUCCGGGAAAAUAUUGCUUGCUAUGACUAAGAGAUGAUGUUUUUUUGGUAAUGAAUACGAGUAGAUAGAUUGUUGGUAGUGGUGGACAAUUAUCAGUUCAGAGUCUGCUUGUAUUAGCUGGUUCUGGAAAGUAAUCUCAAAUCUCUCAGAAUGAGCUUAGAUAAUGAAGAUCCAAGUCUCCCAGAAGAAUCCUCCAGUUUACAUAGCGACAAGCAUUCAAAAAUAUCUUAUACACGAGAGUUCCUUUUGUCCUUGAGUGAAUUGGAGAUAUGUAAGAAGCUACCAAGUGGGAUUGAGCCAGCACUUCUGAGUGAGCUCGAUAGUACUCCAUAUGACAUACCAGAUCGCCAAAGAAGCUCUGUUGCUGCGCCUCCUUUACAAGGCUUCAGACGCAAUGAUUAUGGUUCAUCUCCUCCUACUAGAGGGAUUUAUGGAAGAUGGGAAAACCGUUUCUCUGUACGAAGUGAUCAGGAAAGCGAUACACAAUCUGCCCGGGAUUCAGAAUCUCUUAGGCGCCAUGGAAAUCAACCCCGGCGGUCUUGGCAGACUCCUGAGCAUGAUGGACUUCUUGGAAGCGGUUCAUUUCCAAGACCAUCUGUAUAUGCGUCUGGAAUACCUGCGUCAAAAGCACGGGGAAAUGAUCAUUAUCAACUUAGCAAGAGCAAUGAGCCUUAUCAUCCUCCCCGCCCUUACAAGGCAGGACCUCAAUCUCGCAGAGAUGCUAGCGAUUCGUACAACAAUGAGACAUUUGGUUCAGUUGAAUGUACAAGUGAGGAUAGAGUGGAAGAGGAAAGGAGAAGGAGAGCAUCUUUUGAGUUAAUGAGGAAGGAACAGCACAAGGCUUCCCUUCAAAAGAAGCAGUAUUUGAAUCUGGAUAAACCUGAAUCUGAAAGUGUCUCAGACUCAGAUAUGUCUGCAUUGGCAGAUGAUGUUAAAGAGAAAAGCAGGCUUUUAGACAGAAGAAAGGAAUUGGAUGUGUCUACAACUUUACCUGAUACUGAUAAUGAUUCUGGGAAAUCUUCUUUUCCUUCACAAACUUCAGCAUCAAGACCACUUGUACCUCCUGGUUUUAGAAGCACUCUCUUGGAAAAGGACUCUGGCCUUAAAGCUGUGAUUCAACUUCCUCUGAAACAGGCAGGGAAACCUGAAAGUGAGGAAAACCUCUUGCAUUCUGGCAUGGACAACCCUGUCCAAAAUGGCUUUUUUGAUGGCUUAGAAAGACAGUCAUCCCAAGAACUUUGCCUAAGUGAUCAACAACUUGAUGAUAGGAGUAUACAUCUACCAUUUUUGAAGAAGGGCAAUCAGAUAGAUGCUUCUAAUAAAAAACCUUGCUUGGAUGAUAACUUAAAUCCUCCUUCCAGUAUUUUGGAAACCCAAAAACUCAUGGAAGGUCCUGAAGUUAUUGAACUUAGUGUUGGGUUGUCACAGGAGAAAAUUGAAGUGGAACCUGACCUGAACCAAUCAACAUCCAUAUUGGAUCAAAUUUUUGGAAGUGCUAUAUCAAUGACUGUUGGGGAAUCUGAGCACCAAGAUACAAAACGUGAUGAUAAAUGGAGCCCCAGAACUAAUCAAUCUUCGAAGUUUGCACAUUGGUUCUGUGAAGAAGAAGAAACCAAGGCAAAAGAUAAUUCCUUGUCUAGGCCAAAUGAUUUACUUGCAUUAAUCGCUGGUGGUGAUAACAGCAGAUCACAAGCUCAUGAUGUGAAAUCUACUGAGAACAUUUUGUCUAAUGCACUAGCUGCAACAGUUGAGGUUUCAGAACCACUGUAUGCAUCUAGUAAAGACACUGCAUCCCCCACUAUCCUUACUUGUGAGGAUCUUGAGCAGACAAUUUUGUCUGAGUAUAGUGAAAAUGGUCCAAAUUUGCAAUCACUAUUACCAGGUUGGAGUACAAAUUCUAAGCCCGAAGAACAAAGAGAACGUGUUGAUGAUCGGGCAUCUCAACACCUGCUUUCUUUGUUACAGAAAGGACCAGAUCUUGGGAAUAAGAUUCAUAUGUCUAAUAUGGACACUGAUUCAGUGGAUUCACAUGAAAAGUUUACAGAAGAUAACAAGCCUAUGGAAGAUGAAAGUGCUCUUGGUAAAGCAAUUACUCUUGAAACACUCUUCGGCACUGCUUUUAUGAACGAGUUACAAUCAAUGCAAGCUCCUGUUUCUAUCCAAAGGGGUGGCUCGGUUGCUUCUGUACAGUCUGAUGGCUUGGAAUCUCAAAGGUCAUUGCCUGUUCCAAAUGAUGUGUUUUUCCCUUCAACAAUUGAUGGUGUGGGAGGAUCUAAAAUGAUGAGCAAUGACAACGUCAUGGUUGAUAGAGAGCAAACUAAGCUUGAUAAGGCUGAAAGAUGGUUAGGUUUUGAUGAUCCUCUAACUAAACUGCACCCAAAGCACUUGACUGAUAGGUCGUACAAAAAUGGUGACUUUGAUGGGGUGAUAGGAUUUCAGCUGCCCGAAGAUGACAACUUGUUUAGCGGUGGCAAUCCAGUGAAUCCCCAAGUUUCAUUGAACAUGGCUGAUGGAAAUUUGAAUAAGGGGGUGGUAGAGCAACUGGCCUCUGUUCAUGCAGCUCCUAGUAAUCAAAGGACUAUGGUCGGUCCAGGAGGACUGUCAUUUUUGCAUGGUCCUCGUGAUCAGGUGGAGCCUGAGAUGUUUCACAAUCUUCCUGCUCAGCCAUCAUCUUCCCUGUUUCAUCCCAUGCAAAUGAAUCAAGGGAGACAAUUAGUUCAUCCAUUUGAGACACUUCCUGCUCACUCGACUUCCCAGAUGAAGUUUGUGGGUCCAGAGAUUAUGACUCAUAUUGACACUCCAAGUCACCAAUUUUCUGGAAACAUGAUGCAUCCUCCAUUUCAUCGCCCCAAUCCUGCAGUAACUGGGUUUGAUCUUCCUACUCAGCAUCCUAUGAUGCAGCAACAGAUGCAAAUGCCAGGCAAUUAUCCCCAUAUGCAACAUGACCGUCUGAGGAAUGCUCCAUUUCCUCAACAUCCUGGCAAUCAGCCUGCUGCUGCUUUUCUGCAGGAACCGAACCCGAUGCAAGUGUUACCCUUUGGGCCACGACCACCUCGUCAACCAAACAUCAAUGGAUUUGGGAUUCCAAUGCCAGUUGAUAUUAACCGUGGAAGUAAUCAACCUGAAGCAAUCCAGAAACUUCUGGAAAUGGAAGUCAGGGCAAAACAGAUGCACCCUUUUGCUGCUGGUAAUAGCCAAGGAAUGUAUGGUCAUGAGCUUGAUAUGGGACUGCGAUAUAGAUAGUUUGAUUGGAACUAGUAAUGCUGAUGGUACUCAGGUGUAUACUAUUUGAUCAUGUGGCAUUUAGAUGUGAACAGUAGCAUAACUUCAGUUUUCAUGUCUGGAAAAUGGAAUGCCUAUAGAGAGAAAGCAAGUGGAAGAAAAGUUGUAGUGACAUUUCUGGCUGGCGUGUGCUUCAUCUGCCCAUUGCCAUUUUAUGUUUUCCCCUGUUUCUUUUGUUGAACUCUCUUCCUUUUGUUAUAAAAAGUUCUUUUGAUGAA